AAAUUUUUUUAAAUAGUUUUUAUAUUUCAUAAAUCAAUACUUCAAACGAGAAAAUUAUAUUCUGUUAAAAUUGUGUGAUACAUUAUAUUUAAUAUGAAUGACUUUAAAAUAAUCAGCUUAAAGAUGAUACAUUCAAAAAUAGCUAUUAUUUCUAUAUUCCAUGGAAAAAAUUGAUAAUUGUGAUUGGUAUUCAGAUAAAAGUAUACUUAGAUGUCAUGAAAAAUUAUUUUAUUAUCCUGAUGAUUUAAUGAAAUAUACUAAAAAAGUGAGGAUUGCAUAUAAUGAGUUAAAUAAUUGUCAUGUUAAGUAUGCUGUACAGUCUGAGUACAUGAUUCGAAUGUCGCCAAUAGAUAAACUCAUUGAAGAAAAUAAGAAAAAAAUGGAUGAAAAUUCCUUACAUGUUUCUAAUGAUAAUCUUCUUAGGGAAAAACGUAAAAUUAUAAGUAGAAAUAAAUUAAAUAAUCAAGUUGAACAAACAAUUAAGAAUAUCAUUGAAACUCCUAUAAAUGAUAAGUCAUUAAAAAGCAAAAGUUCUAAUGAAUCUAGUAGACUUACUCGAAGCAGAUCUAAAUUAUCACCUUGUGAAUUUAAUAUGGAAGAUAAAAAGACUAACAAAAGAUUUUGCAAACAAGUAUCUGAUAUUGAAGUUGGAUUAAAUAAUGAUAAAGUAGAUAUAACAUUCAGUGAUAUUUCUUUAAAAAAACAUAAAAAUGAGAUUAUGAAAGAAGUUAUUUAUAAAAAAGAGUAUAUGGAAUAUUCUAACAAUGGAAAUGAUCUCACGUUAGAAUCUGUAACUGAAAAAUCUGAUAGUUUUAAUGUUUCAUCAAAUUUAUUUAAUGACAUUUCUCAAUCAUUUAGUAAUAGAGAUGAAGAACCUAAUCACAUUAAGGUUAACUACAGUCCUUUAAUAAAUCUAGUUCAGUAUUCUAAUAAUAAUGCAAAUGAGACAAAUAAUGAUAUUCAAAUGUCAUCAAACAAUAGUAACUCAAUUGAUGAAUCAAAUAAAACUAGUACUGAAACAUCUGAACCAGAAACGUUAACCAAUAAAAUUUUUUCUCUUAGGUUAGUCACACCUAAGCUUUUAGUAAAGUCUCCUGCUUUUCUAAAGCUACCUGAAAAUAAACUAUCUAAAUCAAAUAAAGAUCAAAAAGGUCGUUGUUUAAACAAACUAACACUUUCACAUAACUCACAAAUUGAUUCUGAUAGUAUACAUUUCAAUAAAAGUUCAGAAAAUAAAUUGUCUGAAAUUUUAAAAACUACUGAUAGAAUAGAUAUAGAUGAAAGUUUAAAUAAAAAAUCAGCACUAGCUAGGGAUUCUAAUUCUAAAUUAGAAUUAGAUAGAAGUACCAUUCGUAGAAAAAAUUUUUUUAUUUCAGCACUAGGAUUAAUAGAUGUUCAUAAAGUGGCAAAAUCAAAUAAAAAAGAUACUAAUGAUGAAAUGUUGAAGAAAAAUGUGACUAUUCAAAAGAAGUCACCACUUAAAACUACUGAAGAGCAUCUUGAUCGUGGAUUAAUUAGAUCUAGUUCAGAAAAGCUUAGAAGAUCAUUUUUAUUAGAAUAUUCAAAAGACAAAGAUGAAAAGCAUAGUGCUGUACCUAUUCUAAUACCAGAAAGAACAUCUGGUUCAUCUUUUCAUCCAGGACGUACUUGUAUGCUUAAAUGUAGUUAUUGUCAUGGGAAAUUUGGUUUAUAUGAUACCCCUUGUCAUAUAGCUCAGAUAAAAAGUUCUGAAAAACAGAUAGCCUGUUUAGAGAAUGUUACUCAUUUAAUUGGACCAGAUUCGUGUCUAUGUGAUGCAUGUUUUCGAUCUAUUGAGAGACGAAGUUGGAAAAGAUCAAUUCAACAAUCUGGUUGUAUUAUUCUGGGUUGCAUUCGUAAAUCAACUAAUAUUUUAAAGCCACAAGUAAUAGAAAAACUUAAAAAAUUGGAAAAAAAUUCAAGUGUAGUUUUACGUGAUUGGCAGUACAAGUCUGAGCCUAUGCCCAUAUGUUGCUUACAUUAUGAAAAAAUUUUAACUAUGCUUCAAUGUCAAUUGUGUGGAAAUCGAGCUGCAUUGAAAUUUGAAUUAAUAAGAGAUGAGCAUAAAAAGUUCCAAGAAAUACUUGAUGAUGAUCAAAUACCAUUUAAACUUGAUGUAAAUUUUUUGAUUUGCAAACCUUGUCGUGUUUAUUUAAUUUGGCGUAUGACCGAAGAUCCAAGAAAUGGCGGAGAACGACCUGAUUUUAUAGUUCAUCGAGAUACAGUUGUUAAAAGAAUUUGUUUGUAUAACAAUUACACGUUACCUUCAUAUUUAUUAGUUGAGAAUUCUACUUUAAAUAAAACAAAACUUAAAGAAGUAGAACCAUGUGCAUCAGAAAUAGUUUCGUCGUCUCCUGUGACUAUAAAUUCAAAUAAUUCAAUUAAUUGCAAACAAAUUAUUGACCCAGAAUCAUCUUCACAAAUUUCUUUAACAAAAAACAAGAGACCAAUAAGACAACCUAAAAAUCAUGUAGCGUAUGUUGAUGAAGAUACAUUUGAACUUUUUAGUGAACUUCAAAAGCCAUAUAGUAGUUCCAAAGGUUUAGUAAAUCAUUUGCUUGCUAUUGAGAAAGCAAGAAUAGAUGGUCACCUUGUGAUAGCUGAUGACGAAGAAGAUGAAAAAUAUGAUGAAGAAGAAAUACAAGUAGUAGGUCGAGAUAAAAAUGAAAAAAGUAAUCAUCAAACAAUAACUUCAUUAUCAUCUAAAAUUAUUAGCUUUACGGAGAAAAAUUAUGGUAAAUAUAAUAAUGAUAAUACUUAUUUGGAAGAUAAUACUAUAAAAAAAUCAAAUGUAACAGAAAUAAUGGUUGAUGAUAGAAAUAUUAAUGAAAUAAAAGAUUGCAUGAGUGAACAAAAUGUUAAAUAUUUUCAGAUGUCUUCAAAUGAAAGUAAUAAACUUAUAUGUGAAAAUAAAGUAAAAAAGCAAGUUGAAUGUGUAAAUACUAAUAAUAUUGUUGAAAGAUUAACUCCAGUUUCUAUCUUACCUAAGGUUAUUGAUGUAUUAUCAAAUACUAGUUCAUCAAAUUUAGUGAAAUCUAUAAAUAAGUCUAGUAAGAUUAAAAUCAUUUCUGACAAAAGUUCAUUAAAAAAAGUUGCCCCCUUCACUUCUAAUGUAAGACUCUCUCUUGUAAAACCUAAUUUUUCUGGUCAGGGCUCAGGUACACAAAAGUUAAUAAAAUUUAUUAACACAAAAAGAUUAACAACUGACCGGAUGAAUUCAACUAUCACAAGGGGAACUCCUCCUCUUUGGAAAAUGAAUGAAAAUCAUACUUCUAAAGGAUUAUAAAAUUCCUAGUCUUUUAUGAAUGUUUUGUCUAGGAAAAUUUUCUUUAAAUAUUAUAAUUAUUUAUUUUCUUCUUACAUUUAAGAAUAUUUCUGAAAAUACUGUAUAUUAUGGUAACAGUAUAUUAAUUUUAAAACAAUAUAUUGUAAUAAACAAUAUUUUAGCUAUUUAACUAUAAUUUCCGAAUUAGAUAGCAUAUUGUACUUAAAUUCUAAUGUUAUUUUUACUGUAUUUUAGUUUACCCUAUUACUAAUUUAGUCCUGAAUAAUUGUUUAAAUUAUAGUUUUGUUACCAAUGUUUACUUGCUUUCAGUAUUCAACAAUUUAAUUAUUGAAAUCAAUUUAUACAUAUAUAUAUAUAAAGUACAUUUUUGUAUUAAUUGUAUUUAUUGUAUAUACUAUGCUACAUUUUAUAAACAAUAUUGUUACUUUUAAUAAUCACAACAAAUUUUUUACAUCAAUAUUAUUUUUAUCACAUUGCAUAUUGUAUAUUGAAUAGUUUUUGCCUAUUUUUGGUCUAUUAUAAUAAUUUUGUUGAACACAUUUAGUGAGAUAAAUUAUAUUGUUGAUGUUCAUUAAUAAUUCAAUAUUUUUAAUUUUCUAUUAGUUGGUGUACAUUUCUGAGUAUUCAUCAAAUUAUAUUAUAUAAUAAAAAAAAAUUGACAUAACUAGAUUUUAACUUAAUUAUAUUCUGUAGUUGUAGUAUUGUGUAGACUAUUAACUAAUUUUGCUAUCUUAUACUUUUGUAAAAAUAUUUUGAAUUUAUGAGCAAUUGUGAUGGAUUAAUUAUUUUUUUAAUACUUAUAUUUUUGUACAUAAUGAUUUUGAUUUAUUUGUAUUGUAUAUUGCAUGAUGCACUAUCAUUAAACUUAUAUAAAUUACUGGUGGAAAUGUAAUUAGGUAUUUCUUGUUAACAAAUACACAUGUGAUAUUAUUGUU